AUGAAUGCUGUCCCACCUGUUCGCCGUUUUCCUCGUGCUGCCCUACUCCGCCACAUGCGUGUCUGGAAUCGAUUCGUGAAAAAAGUGAGAGAAGACAAGAUUGAUCAUCUUCCCCUCCGUUUGCGCAAUUACAUUGAGGCUCAUCGAUCAGAACUAAUUAUGUUUUUGUGUGCACUGGAGCGUUUGCCGCUUUUCCCGCACGAACAGAGAGAAAGACUCCUCGAAUUUCUGAAAGAGGUAUAUCUUUCCCAAAUUGAGCCACCACCACCAAAUCCUACGCAACACAACCCGAACGCAAAGCAUUGGUGGUGCGAACACUGCAACAUAGAACACCGCCUCAACCGAACAUUCAUACAAGAAGAUUUGAAUGCAUACAAGGAUGGAUUGGGAGAGGAAGGAGUCGAUAAGAUGGAAUUCCCAUACGACGAUUACAAAUAA